GGACAAGAGACAAGUCGCAAGCCGCAGGAAAAAAGAAAGAAAAAUCCCGACAAGAGACGCAGUACGUCACAAUUGGCACUGAUAUCCACGGCCUCAAGACACUAGCCCCAGAUUUAAUACAGCGCCGGAAUCUGGCCUGCCCACGCUAUCCCUCUUCACCCCGGUCAAUCGUUAGCUCAUCCACCAUCAAAUCACCUCGACCAUACAGAAGCCCGUUACCCUGGUUCAAGACACUAAGUCACUCGCAGACACAAACAACAUACCUACGGUACUUGUUGUCGUCGCCUCGUUUCCCCUUGAACUAGACCAUCACCCCCAGUCCAAAUUCACCACCCAACCCUCACCACUUUAACUCUGAGCUCCGUCGCGGCUUGCCCAUUUCAUUUCUCUUCUUUGCUCUCGGACGCGCCUCUCAACUGACAAAAUUCCCCUCGUUGUCGACCAACACCAUACCUAGCGGGACGCUACCUCGUCUCAUUAUUCUUGUCACUCUUUGCAUCACCAUUUUCCUUUCUCGAUCUCGCGACCGCAAAUCGGGCGCUUUCACUCGACAGGCUCCUUUCGAAUCUAAAUCCGAAUUCCUUACUACCUUCGCGACACUGCGAUCGAUGUCAACCAACAUCGACUUACGACAUAUUACAAUCUAGCCAUCUCGCGAACUCUUGCUGGCUGAUCUCGCCAGUCACACUUCGCAACUAAAGCGACGGCACAUCGCCAUACACCAAUGGACUCAAGAUGGCCCUCGCAACUCCCUCAAACGGCCGGCUGAAGCUCACGCCCGCAAAUUCUCCAUACUUCGGGCGACCGUCGAGAUCCCCCUUGAGAGCACCAACACUCGAUUCACAUCUUUCUCUGAAACGCGUCAUUGGCACAACAUGUCGCUCACCGACCGGCUUCUCUACCGUCAGCUCAUCCUUUGCCUAUGUUGCUGGUGCAUCUGUGGUUGUGGUUGAUGUGGAUGGGACCAAUUACUGCCAACGGUUCUUCCGAGCUCGACCAACAGCCCAACCCAUAUAUCCCAUGGCUACUUCACAAAAGAAUCCCACAACUCCUACUAAUACUACCCCAAAGGCCAAUGAUAGUCGCAAUCGAAUGUCGGCUGUCUUCCGCGAAUCACCUUUGGCACAACAAGACUGGACCGACUCGCCUUCCUCAAAGACAUGGACAAGUAGGGAACGGAUAAAGGCGGCCACCUGCGUAGCACUUAGUGGGGAUGGGCGGUAUCUUGCAGUCGGUGAAACAGGAUACGCUCCGCGUGUACUCAUUUUCAGCUUGCAGGACACCUCAUCGAAUAUUCCACUUGUUUCCAUUAGCGAACAUGCAUACGGCGUCAAUGUCGUCGCCUGGUCUCCUGAUAGUCAAUACCUUGCUUCACUAGGCACUGCUAAUGAUGGAUUCCUCUACAUCUGGAAGAUCGACCAGAGAACUGGUCAAGCAAAACUCUUCCAACAAAAUCGUUGCACCUCGUUUAUAAAGGGUAUGGUCUGGAUGGGCAGUAACCUCAUCACCCUAGGUGUUCGACAUAUCAAAUUUUGGAGGAUCGAUGAAGCCAACGUAUCACCCACUCGUGCCAAAUAUGGCGAUCUUGGCCCUUCCACACCAACCGUACAGAAAUCUUUACCUGGACGAAAUGUUAUAUUGGGUAGUAUGCUGGAUGCCACGUUUACUUGCGCUGCAGUUGAUAGCGGGCGCAUCGUAAUGUGUACCGAAGCUGGCGAUGUUUGCAUCAUGGAUGAUGAUGACAGGCAGAUGAAGGUUCUCAAAGUGUUGAACGUUGAUUUCAGUAUCUCGACUAUUACAAUCCGCGACAACGUCGUAUUUAUCGGCGGUAAAAAUGGAGAUUUCGCCACUCUGGACAUCUUCGACUUGAUGGACGGCCGGGAGGAUGCAUUCUUAACAAAAGCAAGCCCUAGCGGUGGUCUUGUUGCGCUAGGAUUCCUUGAUAAUAACCUCGUUACAGUGGACGGAAAGCAGACCAUCGAUAUCUGGACAGUAGGGCAUCGUCCAGGUCAAGAUGAGAAGGCAGCAGCUCACAUCACUUUACCUGGACAUGGUGAGCCUAUCGUAGGAGUUCAUCGCCUUACACGCCCUAAUAAAAUGGACGCCUCUUUCCUCACGUGGUCCGGGUCGGGCGAAGUUCUGUUCUGGGAUAUGGAGGGUUGCGUGAAAGGAAGUGUUCAAAUUCCUUUUGAUAAGAAUGAAAUUGACACAUACGGAGAGUUGGGAAACCAGUUAGUAUGUGUUAAGACAUUACGGAAUGGGAAACACUUGGUUGUCGGCGACCGUCUGGGAGUCUUGAAGAUUAUUGACGUCGACACCAGAGAAAGCCUUCUCGACACGAAAGCACACGCUCUAUACUGCGUCAACAUGAGCAUAUACGAGGACUUUUCAAGGAUGAUCAUGGCCACGUGUGGCAAGGACCGGACAGCCCAGCUGUUUUAUCGCAACUCCAAUGGUGAUAUUGAGCACUUCCAGACGCUCGAAUUCUCAUCGCGGGUCGUUCAAGUCUUGGUUCCGUCGGAAGACAAAAUCAUCACCUGCUGCAUGGAUAGAUCUAUGCAGAUUCAUGAUAUUAUCACGAAAGAGGGAAGCCCAGACGUCAUUGCUGCUAUUCCCUCGAAAUCCAUAUCUCUCAAAGGCUCCCCAACGUCAGUUGUGAUGGGACCUGAUGGCAGAUCGAUCUUUGUAUCGUUGCUCGAUCGUUCCGUCUGCCAGUUUGAUUAUGCGACAGGCAAACAGCUGAGCUCUUUCAAAUGCGUCGAUGAAGGUGGAACUGAAACGGCGGUUUUGGACCACUUGAGUCUCGGCAACUGGCCACAACGGGACAUGGACUUUCUGCUCUGCGCAUCCAAUACAGACAAAUCCAUUCGUAUCUAUGAUGCAAAUUCGGCCUCAUUCUUAGAUCGCGAGUGGGGACACACCGAGGCUAUCAAUGGUGUCUGUUUAAUUGAAGAAGAUGAUGGCGCACAAAAGGUCGUUAGCGUCGGAUCUGAUGGCACCGUCAUGCUGUGGGCUCUGGACUUGAACGAACAAUCGCCGCGAUCACUUAGUCGAGGCUCAAUGCGCAGAGGAUCCAUUAGUAGGGAUCCUUCACCCGUCAAGACUGCUGCACCUGGUCGACAGACCCUUCGACGCGUGCUUUCCAGAUCUGAGCUAGCUGAAUUUCAACGGCCGUCGCCCGAGCCUUCUGGUCGGCGGUCGCCUUCUCGUACACUGCGACGCCGCACAUCGCGAUUAACGUUGAAUACGACAGCAGCGAACGCGAAAGGCACGACGGGUACUCUGCAACCUAGUCCCAAUAGCAGCGUUAUCAUGGAAGAUACCCCGUCGAGGAGACGGCCGUCAGAUGCUGGAGUCCGGCCAAGCAGCCCACCUAGCCCUAAAGGGAGGGUGGUGACCCGACGUCCAUCUCUCCCAGCAAUGGGAAUGGCAGCGCGAAAGAAGACGUCUCUAUCGAACCUGCGAAGUACGAACGCCGGAACAGGAACGCUGAAUACGGCAACAGAGCAAACUUGCAGGGCUCUUCGAGCAUACCGUCGAAAGCUCACGUCGACUGAAACCAUAUCCGCAGAAAGCCUUGCCGAACUGGAUCAGGAACUUCGGUUGACAGUAGCAGCCUUGGGAGACCGAGCCGUUCGAAGUAAAGCUAUGGAUGAGACAGUGCUUAGCGGCCUGUUGGACGAAUAUUCUGAGCGGCUUGUUAAGCUCCUCGAUGAAAAACUUAAACUAACACCCGAUAUUGACGGCGACAAACCUGUGGCUCGUCGUGGCAGUGCCGACGACGAGUCCACAUCCUCUUCAUCUUGAUGAUGGAAUGGCUACACUCAUUUGUCUCUAUAUUCUGUUCAGCUUCAAUUCUUGUAUUUAUAAACAGCAAAACGUUCUUUAAGUGGGAGGACCUUAGCUUUAUAGCUUGACUUUUUUCUUUCUAGUUUUGGCACAUUCCCACGGGUUGCAGGAUGUCCCAUUCCCUGCAUCAUGAUUCCAGGGACGGCGUAAUAUACGAAUUUCUAAGCAUCUAUUCACAUUUGUUCGACGUGUACUUUCGUAGCUGUGAUACUUCCAAUGA